AUGACAAUAUACAAUGAGGUCAUUCAAAAUGUUGACAACAACACUGGGGGUUUGUUCUUUGUAUAUGGUUAUGGUGGAAUAGGAAAGACCUUUUUAUGGAGAGCAUUGUCUUCUUAUUUAAGGGCCAAAGGCGAUAUAGUUCUAAAUGUUGCAUCCAGCGGCAUUGCCUCACUUUUAUUGCCGGGUGGGAGAACUGCACAUUCCAGGUUUGCUAUACCCAUCUCUAUUAAUGAAGAUUCAACCUGCAACAUUAGUCAAGGAAGCCCUUUGGCGGAACUUAUUGUUUAUUGCAAAUUGAUUAUAUGGGACGAGGCUCCUAUGAUGCAUAAGUACUGUUUUGAGGCUUUAGACAAGACAAUGAGAGAUUUGUUAAGAUUCAAGAAUGAAAACAGUUACGACAUGCCGUUUGGGGGGAAAACAGUUGUUCUUGGUGGAGAUUUCAGGCAAAUCCUACCAGUUAUUCCUAAGGGCACAAGACAAGAUAUAGUUGGGGCAACAAUCAACUCUUCGUAUUUAUGGAGGUACUGUAAAGUUUUGAGGCUGACAAAAAAUCUACGUCUAACAACAAUUCAAGCACCUGAAGAACGACAACAAACUGAACAAUUUGCAAAGUGGAUUGCUGAUAUUGGUGACGGAGUAAGUUCGGCAUGCACUGAUGAAGAAGAUGAUCUGAUUAUUCCUAAUCACAUAUUGUUGCAGUAUGUAGAUAAUCCUAUUGCUGCAAUUGUAGAAAGCACCUUUCCUAAUUAUGAAAUUGCAUGCACUGACUCUCAAUUCCUACUUAGCCGUGCAAUUUUGGCUCCAACUUUGGAUGUGGUAGAUAGCAUCAACGAUUAUAUGAAUGAAAUGAACAAGGGAGACUCCAAAACAUAUCUCAGUUGUGAUACGGUCUGUAAAGCAGACGAUCCAGGAGAUACGCUAGGAGAUUUGCAUACACCGGAGUUCCUCAAUGGCUUACGGUGUUCUGGAAUACCAAACCAUUCUUUGACUAUUAAAGUUGGAUCACCUGUUAUGCUUUUGAGGAAUAUUGAUCACUCAUUAGGACUCUGCAACGGUACUAGGUUAAUUGUUACAAGGUUGGCUGAUCACGUUUUGGAGGCGAAAAUCAUGUCUGGAACACAUAAAGGAACAAAAGUUCUUAUUCCUAGGAUGUCGUUAACACCUUCUGACACUAGAUUGCCAUUCAAGUUCCAAAGAAAACAGUUUCCAUUGAUGCUAUCAUAUGCCAUGACAAUCAAUAAAAGUCAAGGUCAAACACUUUCGCAUGUGGGUUUGUUUUUGAGAAAGCCCGUUUUUAAUCAUGGCCAAUUGUAUGUAGCAAUCUCAAGGGUCAGUAAUCCUAUGGGAUUAAAAAUUUUGAUUUGUGGGGAAAAUCCUCAAUCUGUAACUACAACUAAAAAUGUUGUUUACAAAGAAGUUUUCAAUAAUGUGUAA